CGGAACCCCCUUUCUACGUUAUUCUCCGUGCACAUUAUUUUUUUUCUGUCACUGGGGGCCCACUUUCCCCGCCCACUCCCCUAAUUUUAGCUUGAAACUAGAAUAGCGGAGCCAAGAAAUAGUUAAUCCAGGGCUGCUUUUAUGAUUGGCCGCUGUAUACAGCGCUUGAGCCACCUUGAAUGAGAGACAGGGGUAACUAGGCAACUUCAGCGGCGGUAAAAUAAUUUUUAAAAUAAGAUAAAAAAAUAAGAUAUGUCCACGAAACACUGAAAUAGUAAAAUUGUCGAAAAAUGAGAGGCGACCCAAUGUGAUUUUAUUGCGUGCGUGUCCGGCAAAUGGAAUUAAGGAAUGGAUUUUUUUGUCUCUAAGAAGCGAAAACAGAUCGCGCAAACGAACCGGAACCUGAUUUGGAUUAAAACGGUUAAACUGGAAAUUUCAGCAUAGCUGUCAUAUGAAAGGUGCUAAUGGAGGGAGGGACAGAGAUGUACAACAGACGGACAGUCUCUGAAGUGUCCUACCAAAGAGGAAUACCAGUACUCAACCUGGACUAAAGAAUAAUACAGUACUACAACAACAACCCAUGUGUUCUCUUUGGAAGGAAGAAUUCACCAAUCACUAAGUGGGAUCUGCACUAAAGAGCAAUAGAGGGACCAUGUAAUACUUGUCCUAAUUUGAGGAACAUCUAGCCACCAUGUUAGAACUAGUCUGAAGCAGAAGGACCGCUACAACAUCUACCUGUCAUCAGCUCUACCAGGAUGGGUCCAAAUUGAAGGAGAUCUGAACCCCUGGAUCUCUUCACCAAAGAGGAAUAACACCAGGCUUCUCACCAUGGACUUGGAGGAAAACUCUGUCCUAGACCUGGAGUAGAGGGAGUAGUGGCUCUGUCCUAGACCUGGAGCAGAGGGAGUAGUGGCUCUGUCCUAGACCUGGAGUAGAGGGAGUAGUUGCUCUGUCCUAGACCUGGAGCAGAGAGAGUAGUGGCUUUGUCCUAGACCUGGAGUAGAGGGAGUAGUGGCUCUGUCCUAGACCUGGACCAGAGGGAGUAGUUGCUCUGUCCUAGACCUGGAGCAGAGGGAGUAGUGGCUCUGUCCUAGACCUGGAGCAGAGGGAGUAGUGGCUCUGUCCUAGACCUGGAGUAGAGGGAGUAGUUGCUCUGUCCUAGACCUGGAGUAGAGCAGGUAGUGGCUCUGUCCUAGACCUGGAGCAGAGGGAGUAGUGGCUCUGUCCUAGACCUGGAGCAGAGGGAGUAGUGGCUCUGUCCUAGACCUGGAGUAGAGGGAGUAGUUGCUCUGUUCUAGACCUGGAGUAGAGGGAGUAGUGGCUCUGUCCUAGACCUGGAGCAGAGGGAGUAGUGGCUCUGUCCUAGACCUGGAGCAGAGGGAGUAGUGGCUCUGUCCUAGACCUGGAGUAGAGGGAGUAGUGGCUCUGUCCUAGACCUGGAGUAGAGAGAGUAGUGGCUCUGUCCUAGAUCUGGAGUAGGGGACAGGGGGUAGGUCACAGGGGGUAGGGGACAGUUGGGUUGUGGGCAGUCCAAAGGAGGUAGGGUGUGUGUGAUAACCAUCCUGGAGUAGGGGAUAGGGGAUUAGUCCACAGGAAGCAGCAGAGGAGUGAUAACCCCAUGGUGGAUCUGCUGUGAGGAGGAAGGACCCAGGAGGAUGUCAUCAGCCGGAGGAGAGUCAGCCAGCUCGGAGCUCCAAGCAGGUGUCAGAACCAGCACUCUGAGACGGGAGUCCAGAAGGACUAAAGGUCAGGACCGCACUGAGACGGGGCUGAUUAAGCGUUUCCGUGGUGAUGGCGUGCGCUACAAGGCCAAGCUGAUCGGGACUGAUGAGGUGACAGCGGCACGCGGGGACAAGCUGUGCCAGGACUCCAUGAUGAAGCUCAAGGGAAUGGCUUCGUCAGCGCGCUCCAAAGGAGAGCACAAGCAGAGAGUCUUCCUCACCAUCUCCUUCGGGGGGAUCAAGAUUUACGACGAGAGAUCAGGGGUUCUGCUGCAUCACCACUCAGUGCAUGAGAUCUCCUAUAUCGCCAAGGAUACCCGGGAUCACCGGGCCUUUGGCUACGUCUGUGGGAAGGAGGGACACCACAGGUUUGUGGCCAUCAAGUCUGGCCAGUCGGCGGAGCCACUGAUCAUUGACCUGCGUGACCUCUUCACGCUCAUCUACGACAUCAAGCAGCGAGAGGAGAUGGAGAAGAAGUCCCAGAAGGACAAGCAGUGUGAGCAGGCCGUCUACCAGACCAUUCUGGAGGAUGAGGUGGAUGAUCCAGUUUACCAGUACAUUGUGUUUGAGGCUGGACAUGAGCCCCUCCGUGGCCACCAAUCAGAGGAGAGCGUUUACCAGGUCCCUACCGCUACCAGUCAGCAGAAGGGAGAAGGGAUCUAUGACGUCCCAAAACGACAUUUUAUGACUAACAUCAACCACUUUGAUCUGUUCGGAGACAUGUCCACUCCACCCUCGAUGCCCCCGUCCCCGGCCAACACUUUGGACCCCAGCAGGAGCCACCACCAGCACCAGCACCAACACCCCCCAGAGAUGUUCACCGGCCCCUUCAGCCCCACCUCUGUCCCCUCGGGGUACAUGACCAUGGGGCCAGUCCAGGCAGCCCAGUGGGCCCAGCAGGGAUCCUUCUCUGGCCAGGCCCAGACCCUGGCCUUUGGGGUGCAGGGGCCCCUCCAGGUUACCCAGGUCCUCCCGGGAGGCCAGCCCGUCAUCUGGAGCCAGGCCAACAUCUUCCCUGCCACCCAGCAGCAGUGGGCCGCCAUGGCUGCCUACAUGCCCGCCCAGGCCAUGGGCGUGGGGGGUCACCACCUCCCCAUGAUGGUGCCCAUCACCACCGUGUGCCCUGGCCCCCAGGGCCUGCACUACGACCUCUCCUCCACCCCCUCCUCAGCCAUCACCAGCCCCCAGCACCAGGCGAUGGACCCCGCCCUGCUCCAGCAGCUCCAGCAGCAGCACAGCCUCAGUGGGGAUUCUGACGCAGGAGAAGGCCCCUCUUCGCUGGGCCUUGUCAUGGUGGGCAGCAGGUGUGGAACACCUGGGCCGAUGAGUCCCACUUCAAUGGGUCUGGGUGCUGUGGGCAGGUGUGAGACGCCUGUUAGCCUUGUCAUGAUGGCGAGGUGUGAGACACCCGGCCCUGGUCCAGUGAACGUGCCUCCUGACACCCUGGUCUGUAGCCAGCUGUGCCUGGGGUCACCGGCUGUGAUGUCACCAUUGGCCUUGACCCAGGAAGAGGAAGGCAGCUGUAGUGACCUUGACCUCUCUCGGAUGACCUUGAGUCCUGGCAUGUCCACCUCACCGUCCACUGACUCAGCCCCAGCCCCCCAGCCUGGACCGUCCUCAGACUCCGCCUCGUCCCAGACCAGUGACCCCCCCACAGACCACUCUCCCAUCCAAACACAGGCCACACCCCCCAGCACCAGGGAGGAUGACUCGGGCUUAUGCACCAGGGCUCUGUCUCCCUGUCCAUCCGGAGAUGCUCCACCUGAUUCUCCCCAGGCCCAGAUCUGUCCACAGGAAGACAGUUAGAGAACUCUGGGAGAAGGGACCUCUGUGACCGUCAGGAGGAUAGAAGAAGAUGAGAGGAGAGGAGGACAGCGGACUGAGAUAUGGAGGAGAGGAGACUCUGGACUCCUAUGUCCCUCCUAAUAACUUGAUUACACGGAUCUCUGUUCUGGAGAAUGCUGAUAUUGGCAGCCUAAAGCAGCAAUAUCAUAGGAUUGGCUUCUUUCCUGAGCUGGACAGCACAACACUCUCCUCACAUGCUGUCUUUCCCCCCCAGCCAAUCGGAAGCCCUUUCUCCCAUGAAGUGAACUAUGAUCUUUGACCAAACUGUAGCAGUGGGUCGUUACCACGACAACUUCCUGCCACAGGUCAGUGGGCGGAGACACCUUAUCUAUCAUGUGGCCUGGGAGGACCAAUCAAACUGCAUGGUCAGGAUGAGGAUUCUAAUGGGUUCUAAGGAUUAAAUCAUUUUUGGGGUGAUUUUGAGGAGGAAUGGUGUCCUAUGUGGUUAUACCCUUCGUUUGGAGAACUGCCACGUGACUCAAGAGUACUCACUGUGUAGAACAGAUGGAUUUGCAAAAUGUUUUCAAACAGAUGACUUGUUCCAUUGGCAUGAACAGACUAUGUAUUGUGGAUCCAGCGAAACUGCGAGACAACUGAUCUCCAUAGCUUCAUAGCUUCCUUUUCAAUGCUUAAAGAUAAAAAUAUAAUUUUUAUUUUGUAAGCUGCGACUUCUGAGUUGACGCUUCUGAGCAUUUUAUGGAUAACGAAAACAGCUUUGAGGCAUCAGUCAAAAUAAUUCCUGUUUGCCAAACUUCUAUUUUGUAAAUAAGAUUUCCUCAAGACCCCUUACACCGGAAUCUCUGUGCCAAAAGAAAGGUCUGUCGUCUGCCUCUCUGAUACAACCUACCUGUGGCUCUCUCAACUUUAAAGCAAUGCCACACCAGCACCUCUGUCUGUAUUGUCUGGAUAUUUGCUUUGCUUCUUGACAUUUUCUUUUUUUACUUUCUGUUUCUGUGUUGGGUUUGGUCAGUCAGUCUGUGACAUAUGAACUGUGAAUCUGUGUUACAUAGCCGUUGAAUCAAAGCAACGAUGGGGAUACCUGCUACCUACGUAUGACGUAACUCACUCUUUUGAAAAUAAAAUGACCAUCCUCACACACAAAAUAAAAGAUCCACAGGCCAAUAAAGUCCCUGUCACUUUUACCUGGGGGGGGUGUAACCUUGCUUUUAACUGUUUUAGAUUACUGAACAGGUGUACUACCCAUCCUUCAAUGUUUGCUUUCAAUCUCUUUGUUAACCUACUCAACUGCUACCAGACCUGGGUUCAAAUACUAUUUAAACCUUCCAAAUACUUUUGAGCAUUUGCUUAAGCCUGCCUCGAGUGCCAUGUUGGCGGGGUUUGCACUUUAGGGACUUUUCUAUUGAUUCCAUGGCAACGGGCAAGCUCAAUCACACACCGCUAAAGUAUUUGAAAUGAUUUGAAAUAGUAUUUGAACCCAGGUCUGCUACACAUGGGUGGUUUCUAGGAAUCAAACCAAUAAGCUAGUUGUGACGGCCCAACCAGCAGUAGACUCCAGAGUGCAUUACUAUGCCUUAUUAUUAUCGGUUGUGUUGCGUUGUCCCGUCACUGUUAUAUCGUCAUGUCAUUGUAUUACAGUAACACGGUUGAUUCAUGCAACUAAAGGUUUGGGGCAUCUGGUAGGUCUGUCUGCUCCACGGAGUUACACAUGGCAAAACGUGGUGACUUUAGAAGAUUAUGAAAGAAUAGAGAUAUUAUUGCUUUUUACUUCUAGACUAUGAUGAUAAUAACUGUAACCCUGCUCGUAUAAGAAAAUGCUCAAUUAAAUGGUCCAACGAUAUUUUGUAAAUUUGAUUUAGGAAUUCCAACAGUCCUGAAAAGAGAAAAGGACUUUUGUACGCAUAUUUCUUCCCAUUCACUGUGCUACUAACCCCGCUGUUCAGUUACAAAUAAAAUAUCAUGUGAUUCCCACUUUGCUCCUGAAUAUUUGAUUAUGCUGCCAGUCAAACAUUUUUUAGCACUCUAAACUGAAUAUCACUCAAGCCUUGCUUAUUUACACCUUGCACUAACAUGUACGUUUUGUGAUCUGAUCCAUAUGUAUGCAGAUUAUUUGACAGAUAUUCAUUCAAAUAUACAGUAUGAAUGUAUUUAUUUAUUUUAAGACAGUUACUGAUGUCAUAAGUCAAAGACCUAUCUGUCAAUGAUUUUAGAGGACGGUAUAAUGAUGAUUUAAAUGGUUUACCGUCCAGAUCUGUUUACACUUGAUUGAUAUCCAGACACAAUGCGUGUCUAGCCCCAUUUAUUCCUGGUUAUAACAUGCGCCCUUGUCCUGCACUUGUACACAUUCUGACUGUGCCCACAUUUUUAGACUGGAGUAGAUGAUUAAAAGACACAUUGUGAUCAGAUCUUCCUGACCACCCUUGGAGGUAGUCAGGGACCUAUUGUUUCUGGAUAUCAAAUCAAGUGUAAACAGACCUGGAAGUUCAAACCAUUCUGCUUCACAGGUUGGCAUUUAUUGGGAGGUCUCAUGUACUGGAGGCAGCUCUUCAGAGCGGUCACUAGCUGGCA